GAGCGCGGCGCGGGGGCGAGCCCGGCAGCCGCGGGUGCCCGAGAGCCGCGGGAGCGCCGGCCCCGACCCCGACCCGGCCCCGUCCCGGUCCCGGCCCCGGUCCCGUCAGCGAGGGCCCGGCCAGGCCCGGCCCGGCCGCAGCCAUGCUGGCGCUGCUGUCCCGGCUGCUGGACUGGUUCCGCUCGCUCUUCUGGAAGGAGGAGAUGGAGCUCACCCUGGUGGGGCUGCAGUACUCGGGCAAGACCACCUUCGUCAACGUCAUCGCGUCAGGUCAAUUCAGUGAAGAUAUGAUUCCUACUGUGGGCUUCAACAUGAGAAAAGUUACAAAGGGUAACGUUACAAUAAAGAUCUGGGAUAUAGGAGGGCAACCACGAUUCCGAAGCAUGUGGGAACGAUACUGCAGGGGAGUUAAUGCUAUUGUCUACAUGGUAGAUGCUGCAGAUCGUGAAAAAAUAGAAGCCUCUCGGAAUGAGCUGCACAAUCUUCUAGAUAAGCCACAGUUACAAGGAAUCCCUGUUCUAGUACUUGGAAACAAGAGAGACCUUCCUAACGCUUUGGAUGAGAAACAACUAAUUGAAAAGAUGAACCUUGCUGCUAUUCAGGACAGAGAAAUCUGCUGCUACUCAAUUUCGUGCAAAGAGAAAGAUAAUAUAGAUAUCACGCUUCAGUGGCUUAUUCAGCAUUCAAAAUCUAGAAGAAGCUGAAGUCUUCCUGGAAUCUCCAGUACCAGUUGGCCAUAAUCUCAAUUGUCCACUUCCCUCCAUAACGAGAUAUUACCCAAAAAUCCUGUAAUGAGAAUCUGCCUUUUCACAGUUCAUUUCUCAUGUGCACUGCUGAAGACUUGUAUUCCUAUUAUGUCACAAAACAACUAGAGUUGUCAUAAAGUCAGCACAAAUAUUUAUUUUACAACCAUCUAUGGUGGGAGGGUUGGGGGGGGCUUUUUAAAAAAAAAAAAGAUCUCUACCAUGUUAACUAUGAUGGUACACUGUUCUGGUUUUUCAGGGCCAGGUUUUUAUAUGAUUUUCAGCAAGUGUUUUAUUUCUAGUGUUUAGUGGCUUGAAGAUGCUGACGCCUGACAGCAUUGAAAUUCUGUAAGAUGCCACAUACAGUAGUUAGAAAACAUUUAAGCGUGAGUUGUGGGAUACUAAUCUCACAAAUGCAUGUGAUGUGUGUAUGUUAGCAGAGAAAUGGAAACUGUUUGCAGAGGGGAGCACAAGACACAGAUCAGCAUCACUAAUCUACAGCUGAGAUCUUACCCUGUCACUUAAAAAAACAAACAAAACCAAACUCUUCUGAUGAAUUAGGGGAGCCGACUGUUUAAAUUCAUUUUGUUGCUUCUGUUUAACAUUUGUCUGGGGGAUAGGAAUGGACUGUUCUGUUUAAGCUUUCAAAAAUUGGAGUAUUCCAGCAUGAAAACAAAUUGCUAGGAACAUCAGACUUUGUCCAAACACAUUUUUCUGUCUCCAGAUACUAGUGAUCUCUAUCUGAAACCAGAAUAUACAUUCUGAGCGGCUGCAUGACACUUAAAUUACUGAUGUUUUUGUAGAGAGUCAGUCGUUGGCCUUUAGCACAAUAUCUGUGUAAUUGUCUAGUGUCUCUCCUGCUCAUGAAAUAGCUGGGCACAGUUUCACCUGGUGCUAUGAAACAUCUCGGCUAUUGUGACAACUCUAGACCUGCCUGCUUUCUUGAUGUAACCAUGUGCAAAGUCUGUAAGUUGCAAGAUGAAAUGUUCAACUGUGUCAAAGCACAAGAGAGCCAACGAAUCGAUCCUAUUUCUUGACUAGCUUCUACAGUAUAGGGAAGUAUGUAUAAACUAAAGAUUGUAAUGUUUUUGUAGCUUUACUUUCUCAAUGACUUCAAUAUAUUUAAAGGGACAGACUUGUUAAGACUGGUUUGUUCAUACAGUAAUGUCAGUGUAGCUUGCUAGUGUAUACAAAUACAUGGUACACCUGCUUGUGUUGCCUCACACUGUGUGUGAUUCUUCCUUACCUAACUGUGGAGUCUGCAUUACUCUGGGGUCCUCGGUUGAAAACACUGUUUAGUCCAUAUCAGUUGUGACAAACCAGUUUUAAUUUGGACUGCCAUGGCCUUACUGUUCUGUACCAACUGUCGCACUGUUGCACAGACACUACAUGCUGCCUGCAUUCAGUCUGAACUUGCAUUUAACUUUUUGUCCCCUUUCAGUUCUCUGAAGCAUGAUUUCAAUUAAUUCAUACUCUGGUGCUGUAGAGGAGAGGGUGCAUUAACUUGCUACUGUAGUCCCUAGUUCACCGUGAACUGCUACAGGUCCUUUUAUUUAGCAAACUUGCUUGUGCCUAAAAUAUGGAAACUAAACUAGAAUGUGUGGAUCUUCGUGGGGGACCAGGUCACUGUUUAGUUAACUGGCCUAUAGCUAAACUUGAUGUGUUUGGUGUUUAUAUACUUCACUGCUUUCAGCAUUAAUGGCAUCCAAACACUACCAAUUGUUAACCUGUGCAUUACUCUCUGCAUGUGAACAACUUAUACAAUUACUGAACUUUGUAAAUAUGUGGAUUUUUUAUUUAGGUGGAUGCAUAUGUUGGUUUACUGCUCUUCAGCUUUAUUCAAUAAACUUAUGUUUUGAGGGUUGUAUUGACACUUAACUGACUGACUUGAGUUGAGUGGCGUAACUCUUGGCGCUGCACUGGGGGCUGUCUGUCUCCUCUCUGAUAAAAUUAAAAUGGGCGAAGAAGGCUGAGUAUAAAUACCUGAGCUGCUUUAUGUUCUGUGGUUAAACUAUUAAAGCGAAGUGCUCCUAAAACUAAAGCCAUGGGACUUUCUCAGCAGAAAGAGCAGGUUUAGCUAGAGUCAGCCUCGGCAGUCCUCAGUGCUUUGUACGCCUAAGAAAGGCACUUACUAGUCAGCUGAAGGGCUGUGAGCAGGUCAGCCUUCUGGAGUUCCAUUUCUGGGGAGAAAAAUGCAUGCAUCUAAAAGCUUGUUCCUUGUCUUCACGCCUAGAGUAAAGUCCUUGCUUUUCUAGCUCAAAUACCAGAUCUAGCAGUGUCUGAUCAUUCGCUGCCAAUUAAAGCAUGGAGCUUUUCGUCUCACUGAAAGGGUGAGGCUUUCACUGACUGAGGUCUUAAACAAAAUCCUUUCUUGUGAUUAUUUUUUCAAUCUGAAACUAUGCUGACUGUGGCUCCCAAACACUGAUUUAUUUAUUUCUUAGGUGACUGACUGACCUGUAGGACCAUAUGUUAACAUCUUCCAAGUAACGGUAACAAGUUAGAUGUCUUCUAUGCAGUCUGCCUCCAUGUAAGCCUUCAAACUCCCUGAGCUGUAGCAGGUUAGUUCUUAGACCUGAGUAUUGGUCGGUUAGCAUCCUUCACAUGUAACUAGGCUUGGGGGAAGGAGUAAGAACUGUUGAGUGAAACAUCCUAUGCCUAUUUCUUCAGUUGACAGGAGUAUCCUGCAUGCAAACUUAGCUACCUGGAGCUAAUAUUCGAAGCAAAACUGCCUUGUGACAGCCUCAAAAUGCUGUUACUGCUGUGUGUGUGAUCUGUCACCCUGGCAGGUCGCUCAAAUAAGCUGCAGUGUAAACUUGGCCAACAGCUGAUUGCUUGAGGUGGUAUUUAAAUGGUCAGUUGCUACUUCUUAAUAGCAAGGAAGACUGCACUGGCCACCUGUAAUGUACAUAUUUCAAACUGUACGUUUGUGUUACUCACAAAGUGACUCUGCUUAAGUUUCCACAGCUAUUUGUGUACUGUUCUUGCAGAUGCCCAUAGUUACUUACGUGGCAGAAAUGUAGACCUCCAAGUGACUGUUUGAAUCUAAUGCUGAGGAUUAUGCUCUUUUUUUGUGAGCUCUCGAUAAACUUGCCAGUUUACCUUCAUUUUGAGAUGGAAUGGAAGUGUAGUAAGUCUUUCUAGAGAAGUGAGGCUGUCUCUCUCCACCUUUCUGCCUUGGACUGAAGGAACUGUGCUCUUCUGGCAUGACUAAGUCCAAGGUUAAACCUUUUAUGUUCUAAAAAAAUAAUAAAAAAAAAAAGGGAGAGCCUAAGGUAUUGGUGGUGUUGUUGCUGAACUUGGUUGCUAUAGUUGUGUUCUGCUUCUAGAAAUCUGUCGGGUCAAUCUAGUCUCUCAGAUUACUCUACUCAGGCUCCGUAGUGAGCAAGCUCUCUUCUGAUGUACCUGCAGUAGGCCUAGGCCAUUACCAUAUUAAGAGAACUGAGUCUUGUGAAAAGGCAAAUAUUGAGCCAGAAAUAUUGGUCAUGAAUACGCAUGUGAUCAUCACUGUGCACACAAGUUAGACAUCAGUCAUACCUGUGUGACCUUGUGGUGUGUUAGUCUUGUGUGGUGUUCUUAGGGUUUGCAGUAGCUGUCAGCUCCAAGUGCUUGUUGAUUUUGUUCAGUGCUACGUGAUCCCUUACUGAUCGCAGCGCAGCGAGUCUCUAGGCUAGCCUGGGAAGAACAGACAGCACUGGGCUGUGUGCAGGUUUUCCUUGAGAAGUGUUCAUGGCCCAUCAAUGUUGUGCGUGGCUGGUGGCUCCUUGCAGCGCAGCACAGUGCACAUUGUCAGUGUGCGGCCGGGUGUCUUAGCAGCUGCACAGGCAAUUCUGCCCUAUCACAACAUGGGAAAUGCACACGUGGGGCGGUUUCGUGGUCUGUGGAACUGAUAAGCUAGGUUCUUAGCAGUUUUUUGUUUUCUCUUCACUUCGUGGAAACGAGUUGGGAAGGCCGUCCUUUUCAGAUGCUCAGAUUAAAAAAACUGCGUUAUUUUCACUUUCUGGUGGAAGAAAAGAGGCCAAAGGAAAUGCCUUAAACAGUCUUUCUGGUUAAGUUAACGAGCGUCAUGCAAGGGUCUACAAUAAGAGAAGUAUGACUUAGCUAGAUUGUCAAUUUUUAACUUUUCUAACGUUUAAUUUUAUAGUUACUCUGACUGUGCAAUGGGUGUACUGGCAUGUCACGAUUUGCUUGGUGUGUGUUUAAUGAAUGUUAAAGAAAUGCUCUUCUUCCCGGGUAGCAUGCCUCAGCUCUGCUCCCUGCUGCCUUCUUCUUGCACUGACCCGUACGCCAGAGCGAGCUGUAUGAGUCCUCGACAGGGGCUGUAAAUCAGAUAAUUUAAGCUACCUUGCUCAGAGUGGCGUGCUGCCACGCACGUGGAAUCAGUAAAUCAUGCUAAAGGAGAAGCGAUGUGUGAAUAUUUAAGACUGGUAAAUACUUCGGGACUUGUGUUCCAAAAAUGUGAGUUCGGAAUGACUUUUCUCAUGAAACCAUCAACCCGCUGAAAGCUGUUGCUUUAGGACUGCUCCGCGUGCCGACAGCCCAAAUAUGCCCUGGUGAGACCUCGGGGCCUUCUGUCUCGUGUCCCAGCUCAGGGGGCCGUACAGGAGGAGGGCGAGGCCGGGGGUUUGUGUCCCUCGCAGCGGAGGUGGGUAAGUAGAGCUUUGUGCCAGGAUCAGUGCCUUCCAGUUGCGACAUUACAGGUUUGACUCUGUUAGAGGCGACGUCUGUCAUUGUGAACGUUUUGGAGUGCUUCAAUAAAAGUGGUGUUGAAAACC